GGGAGAGUAUGGCGAGGGGUAUCACGUGGGCCCCUCCCUAUUUAUAGAUGAACAGCAAGAUUAUGGCAUGCUUGCCGUGAAACGCAUUGACCAGGCCUCGAGCUACCACCCCUGCAGACGGUUAUCGAUACAAACAUCAUUGCACAGCGAUGAUCUACCCACUAACUACAGGUACCCACUUAAGAGGGGCUAUCUUAUCGGGCUCAUUGUUGGUCGACUCAUCUACAAAAAACGAGGGGCAGGAAGUGACUCUUUUCAGUUUCAUCAACACCGGAUCAGCAACACUAAGAAUAACGCGAAUCAACAUCUACUUGGGCGGAUAUAAUCCACGAACGAAUAAAUCUAGUUUAUUAUUUGCGCAGUCAAUAAGUCGCAAUCAUGGCGGACCUAGCAGAGAGUACCGCGAAACUACAGCUCGACGAUGAGACGGGAGAGAUGAUCUCCAAGGCCGAGCUAAAGAAGAGAUUAAAGAAGCGUGAAAAGGCCAAGGCAAAGGAGGCUGCGAAGACUGAUGCAAAGAACGAUGAAAAGCCUAAGCCGGCCCCAAAACCAAAAGUCGCUACCGAAGAACCAACAAUCGAUCCCAACAACAUGUUCAAAACGGGCUUCCUCGAUGAAGUUUUCAAGAUUCGACCCAUGAAGCCCGUCUUCACUCGAUUUCCCCCUGAGCCGAACGGAUUCCUUCAUAUUGGACAUGCAAAGGCCAUUGCAGUCAACUUUGGCUUCGCUAGGUAUCAUGGGGGCGAAUGUUACCUUCGCUACGACGACACAAAUCCCGAAGCUGAGGAGCAGGUUUACUUUGAUGCAAUUCUCGAGAUGGUUGAGUGGCUUGGCUUCAAGCCGUACAAAAUCACCUACUCGUCUGACAACUUCCAAAAGCUCUACGAUUUAGCCGAAAAGCUAAUCGGGCUCGAAAGGGCCUAUGUUUGCCAGUGCAGCGACACUGAAAUUAAGCUUCAACGCGGUGGUGAGAAAGGCACAGCGGGCCCACGCUACCGCUGCAAGCAUGCUGAACAAUCUGCUGAGGAGAACCUGCAGAAGUUCAGAGAUAUGCGAGAUGGCAAAUACAAGCCUCAGGAAGCUUUCCUCAGAAUGAAGCAAGAUAUAACGGAUGGUAACCCACAGAUGUGGGAUCUUGCAGCUUACCGCGUCCUAGACAAACCACAUUACCGCACUGGUGAUGCUUGGAAGAUUUAUCCAACUUACGACUUUACACAUUGUCUUUGCGAUUCAUUUGAGGGCAUUACACAUUCUCUGUGCACUACAGAAUUUGUCCAAAGUCGAGUAAGCUAUGAGUGGCUCAACAAGACUCUCGGCGUAUAUGAGCCGAUGCAGCGUGAAUAUGGAAGACUGUCGAUCACCGGUACAAUCCUUUCGAAGCGAAAAAUCCUUAAGCUUGUAGAAGAGAAGAUUGUCCGAGGAUGGAACGACCCGCGACUCUAUACCCUGAUCGGCAUCAAGCGUAGAGGUGUUCCGCCUGGCGCCAUUCUAGAGUUCGUCAACGAGCUCGGUGUUACUACAGCUAAUUCGGUUAUCGAGAUCAAACGUUUUGAGCAGGCAAUCCGAAAAUACCUCGAGCGCACGGUCCCGCGUCUGAUGCUUAUCUUGGAUCCCAUCCCUGUGGUGAUUGAAGAUGCGGAUGAUCUGGAUGGAAACGUUCUAUCCAUUCCAUUCAGCCCAAAGGAGCCUAAGAUGGGCGUUCACAAUGUCACAUUCACAAAGACCGUCUACAUUGACCGCUCUGAUUUUAGAGAAGAAGCUGACCCUUCAUUUUUCCGCCUUGCUCCAGGAAAGUCCGUCGGUCUCCUCCAAGUUCCCCAUCCUAUCAAAGCUGUGUCGUUUACAAAAGACGAGGCUACUGGAAAAGUAACGGAGAUUCGGGCAGUUUUCGAUAAGGAGACCAAGAAACCAAAGGCGUAUAUUCAGUGGGUCCCCAUUGAAGCCGCAGGAUCUCGAAAAGCAGAAGUUAGAGUCUACAACUCAUUGUUCAAUACGGAUAACCCCAACGAUGCACCAGGAGGUUUCCUCAAAGACAUCAACCCAGAGAGUGAAGUUAUUUAUCCAAAUGCUAUGGUCGAAUCUGGCUUCGACGAAGUCAAGAAGAGAGCACCGUGGCCGGAAGCAGCGGGCGAGAGUGAGCUUGGAAAGGGUGGACCCGAGAGUGUUCGUUUCCAGGCAAUGCGCAUUGCCUACUUCGCCAUGGAUUCAGAUUCCACAGACGACCACAUCAUUCUCAACAGGAUUGUGGCGCUGAAGGAGGACGCGGGGAAGAGUUGAACUCCGAAGGCUGCGUUAUCGAGGGCGGAGCUUGCAUGAGGGCGAAAGAUGGUCAUGUACAACAUGACGAUUCAAACGGUUUGCCCUGAAGAUUAUCGUGGCCGCAAAUAGGGUGCACGCCUACCCUACCUAAAUACCUCAAUGGAUGGCAAAUUCGCCUCGCAAUUCCGAUGCAUGCGUGUAAUUUCUGUGUGCCCAAUCAUCAAUCGAGAUAUAUCCAGGACAGUUCUUACUUGGAUUUACUUACUUACGGACCCUUAAAUCCGUGGUUUCUAGUUACAUUUCACUUCAUCUCCGGUAGUGAAUGGUUGUGUAUCACACCUGAACACAUCACUUGGAAGGAUAUCAUAUCAUUUCAACACGUCCUAGGUAGGUAAGGUAGGGUAAGCUUAGUGGAGGUCCUGUCCUGUCCUGUCGCGUGUCAGGUUGGGUUAUACAGAAACACAGAGAUCGCCGUUAUCCCACGAUGGCUUGUGGAAUGAAGGAUGAGCUGCGACUUCGUACUUCGUAUUCGUACUUUGCGAUAUAUAUAUUCCCGUCCCUCCCAU